GGGCAACGUACCAUGUGCCCAAGCGGGGGCGUGGCCAUCCACGUGACCGGACGCCGCGGGUGGUUCUGGGUAACGUCACGUGACAGACCCGGUCAUUUUCCUGGCGGGGGCGGAGUGGAAGCUCAUCACGUGACACGCGGCGGGACUGCGCCGAGGUGGUCACCUCUGGCAUCCUCAGGCUCGCUGGAGUUGGUGACUCGCGCGCUCCGUUGGAGACCGAGUUCCCCCGCUGGCCCUUGGGGACAGGCUGAGAUAUUCUGGUUGCGAACGGGAACGCCGGAGAGCUUGGGACAUUCAGAGGAGGGAUACGCGCCUGUAGAUUGUUACAACUGUGGCAAGUGAUGGAGUCAUCUUAGUUUUAGAUGGGAGAAGAACUUGGCAUAAGCAAUUAGAAUGAAAGAGCCUUUGGAUGGUGAAUGUGACAAAGCAAUGGCACAACAAGGGCUUCUGGACAAAAUUAAAGAAGAACCUGAUGAUGCUCAUGAAUACGGAUGUCAAGAAAGUGAACUAAAAAUUAGUGCUGUGUUUUCAGCCAGUGACCCUUCUCUUGGCUUUCAGGUUGGUCUACCGUCAUCCGGCCCAAGUACAUCAUUUCCUGCAGUUACAGCUGGUCAAGUGUUUUGUUUUGGUUGUAAAAAACUGCUUCGUAAGGGGCAACCUACAUACCGUAAGGCAGGAUCUGCUCAUCUUUUCUGUUCCAUGGGAUGCAUCAUCAGAUUCUCCUCAGCGGUCUGCGGGCCACCUCUUCCCAAGAGAACCUGUGCACACUGUUCCAAAGACAUUUUAAAUCCGAUGAAUGUGAUCACAACUCAGUUUGAAAAUUCCUCUCUCUGCAAAGAUUUCUGCAGCCAGUCAUGCCUGUUUUCUUAUGAGCUAAAGAAGCCUGUUGUUACCAUAUAUACCAGUGGCAUUUCAGCUAAGUGCACUAUGUGUCAGAAGGGCACUGGCAAUCUAGCCCCGAAGCCACUCUAUGCCUUGGGGAAUUCAUCGAGGCUGUCUGCUGAAAUGAUUGAGACUACAAAUGACUCAGGAAGAACAGAGCUUUUCUGCUCUAUUAACUGCUUAUCUGCUUACAGAAUUAAGACUGUUAUUUCUUCAGGUAUACAGGUUGUGUGUCAUAGUUGUAAAACUGCAGCAGUCCCUCAGUAUCACCUAGCAAUGUCAAAUGGAACUAUUUGCAGUUUCUGUAGCUCCAACUGUGUGUUGGCUUUCCAGAAUGUAUUUAACAAGCCAAAGGGAAGAAGCUCUUCAUUGGCACCCAUGGCUCAGGGCCAGAAGGUGCUGAGCACACCCCUGCAGUCUGCAGUGUCAGCAAGAAAAGAUGCCCCUGCCUCCUCCUUCAGUGGCCCCAUCAGCAACCCUGCUGCAGUAGCUCUGGAGACUCUUGCUAAACAGUCCCACCAGACGGCUUUGGGCCAUUCAUUCUUGAAGCUCACAUGCCUGCAGUGUAGCCUUCUGUUUGCCACAAAACCAGAGCUGCUUUUCUACAAGGGUAGAAUGUUUAUGUUUUGUGGCAAGGCUUGCUGUGAUGAAUACAAAACACAGAAUAAAGUUAAGGCCUUGUGUGACUACUGUAAGCUACAGAAGACCAUAGAGGAUACAGUACGGUUCUCAGGGGUUGACAAGCCCUUCUGUAGUGAAGUUUGCAAGGUCCUCUCGGCUCGAGACUUUGGGGAAAGAUGGGGAAACUACUGUAAGACGUGCAGUUACUGUUUACAGACGUCUGCAAAUUUUGUGGAAAAUCAGCUGGAAGGCAAGCUCCAGGUUUUCUGCUGUGAAGAUUGCAUGUCUAAGUUUACAGCUCUGUUGUACCAGACUGCCAGGUGUGAUGCUUGUAAACGUCAGGGUAAGCUCAGUGAGUCCUUGAAAUGGAGAGGCAACGUCAAAUACUUCUGUAACCUGUUUUGCGUCCUGAAGUUUUGCCAUCAGUAUAGUGUGAAUGACCCAAUUCCACAAAGAAAAGUAUUUGUGCUCCCAAAGCCAGCACAGAUAAUUAUUCCUAAGGCACAAACUGCUGUGACCGCACUCCCUUCUCCAAGGAUAGCUACAACACCGGUUAUAACCAGUGUGACAUCAUUGGCAAAAAUACCUGCACUUCAGCCCACCAGGAAGACUAACAGUGUUUUAACAGGUGCUGGUCCUACAGAGGCAACAAAGAUCACUGGAAAUGGAAGUGCACAGGCACCUGCUGAGAGACUUGAGCCUUCUCAGUCCCCUAAGCUUCUGAAGAACAAAGCCAUAUUGUGCAAGCCAGUCACACAGACCAAGGCCACCUCCUGCAGGCCACAUACCCACCAUGCUGCAUGCCAGACAGAUUUACCUCUGCCAGAUGGGAAAAAUGAAGAACCUAAUUCUCCACCUGCAAAGAAAAGAAGAAUAGACUUUUUCCAAACUUACAAUGCAGAAUAUAUCAAAUUUGGUUUCAUUAUCUGUUCUGGAUCAAAGGAAAAUUCAUUGAGCCCACAGUGUGUCAUUUGUGGAGAGGUCUUACCUAGUGAAAGUGCGAUGCCAGUAAGCCUUUCUAACCAUUUGAAGGCAAAACAUUCAGAUUUAGAGAACAAGCCAGUAGACUUUUUUGAGGAAAAAUUACUUGAAAUGGAAUGUCAAAACGGUUCUUUAAAAAAGUGUUUACUAGUUGAAGAGUCACUUGUGAAAGCUUCUUAUUUAAUCGCUUUCCAAAUUGCUGCCAGAAAUAAGCCAUUCUCGAUUGCUGAAGAAUUAAUUAAACCAUAUUUAGUAGAAAUGUGUUCAGAAGUUUUGGGUUCAAGUGCUGGAGACAAAAUGAAAACUAUCCCUCUUUCUAAUAGCACAAUUGGGUGCAGGAUCAAGAAACUGUCUGAAGACAUUGAAGACCAGCUGCUGCAGAAGGUUCGGGAGUCCAGGUGGUUUGCCCUUCAGGUGGAUGAGUCGUCCGAGGUCACAGAAGUGCCGCUUCUCCUCUGCUAUGUCCGCUUCAUUGACUAUGACUAUGGAGAUGUGAAAGAAGAAUUAUUAUUUUGCACUGAAAUGCCUUCUCCGAGCACAGAUCUUGAAGUGUUUGAAUUAAUAAGUAAAUUUAUUGAUAGCAGAUCUCUGAAUUGGAACCACUGUGUUGGUUUCUGUACUGAUGGGGCUGCAAGCAUGACUGACAGGUAUUCUCGUUUAAGGUCAAAGAUCCAAGAAAUUGCCAAGAAUACAGUGACAUUUACACAUUGUUUCAUUCACCGUGAACACUUAGCAGCUGAAAAGCUAUCUCCAUGCUUACAUGAAGUUCUUUUGCAGUCAUCACGAAUUUUAAGCUUUGUAAAGAACAGUGCCUCAGAUUCACAAAUGUUGAAAAUUUUGUGUGAAGAGAUGGGAUCUGAGCAGGUGAAUUUACCACUUAAUGCUGAGGUACGCUGGCUGUCAAGAGGGAAAAUUUUAACAAGAUUAUUUGAACUGAGACAUGAAAUUGAAAUAUUUUUAAAUCAAAAGCAUUCAGAUUUGGCCAGGUAUUUCCAUGAUGAAGAGUGGGUUGCAAAGCUAGCCUACUUAGCAGAUAUAUUUUCACUUAUAAAUAAAUUAAAUUCAAGUCUCCAAGGAACCAUGACUACUUUUUUCAAUUUGUAUAAUAAAGUUGAUGUAUUUAGGAAGAAGCUAAAAAUGUGGUUGAAGCGUGCACGAGAGCAUGAUUAUGGUACGCUCCCCCUGUUUUCUGAGUUCUUAGACUCAUCAGGUGUAGGUGUGAGAAACAUUGCUAGCGUGAUUUUUGAGCACCUGGAAGGACUUUCUCAGCUAUUCCAUGACUGUUACCCUCCAGAAGAGGACCUGCGUUCGGGAAAUCUGUGGCUCAUGGAUCCUUUUGCCAGUUACCAGAAUAGCAAUCUCACUGACUCUGAAGAAGAAAACCUCACAGCAUUAUCUUCUGAUACGAGAUUCCAGUCAGUUCAUAAAUCAAUGUCUGUCACGCAGUUUUGGAUCAAUGCAAAGACAAGUUACCCCCAGCUCCAUGAAAAGGCAAUGAAGCUGCUGCUGCCCUUCUCAAGCACCUGUCUGUGCGACACUGCCUUCUCGGCCUUGGCUGCAUCUAAACCAACAGACCCUCGGACUUACGGUCCCACCCUAAGACUGGCAGUCACAUCAUUAGUUCCAAGGAUAGACAAGUUAGCAAAGGAGAAAAAGUAGAAUUGUAUUGCUUAUCGUCAGAGUGUACAAUUUUGUGUUAAAUUUUGUAUAUGUAUCCUAAAAUACAAUUUGCUAAUGUAUCUGUAUUUUCAGUGAUGAAAUGUUUUAAUAUUUUUCCUUUGUUGUACAGGGAUUUAAGAAUUGUGGAACUGAGUAUAAUUAUAUAUAAUUUUAAUAACACAAGGGAGAAAAUGUG